UUCAUUACUCUGAUUGUGUUUCAGGGACCACUGCUGACAGUCUGUCCCACUCUCCAGGCUGCUGUACUCAAACAAUUUUACACAUUGACUCGUCCUUUUGAAAUCCUGUGAGGCGAUGGCAAGUCUGGCAAUUAAUUGAUAGAACGCCGUGCUAUAGACGCAAGUGGCCAUCGGGUUCUAAUAAUGCAGAGAUGAAAAUCUAGUCUACUCUUGUUCUAUGUCCACGAGAACGUGAUCCGUAAAGAUCCAUCCAGAGGAAAGACAGACAGACAACAGCUGGAACCACUGUAAUAUGAGAAGGGACGGACCAUCGGUUCUUCAAGCAGCAUCUUUAGUGGAAUUUUCCGCUUGUCUGUCCUGACAUGUCCUCGUCAAACUGACAACUCGCUUAAAUUCCCCAGUGAGCCGCUGUCUAACCACAAACUUGUCAUCAGAGGCCAGCGCGACGUUCAACUGCAGACAGAACUCAAGUUAGCAGCACGGAAAGAAGGACGACACCAAGAGAAUGGCUUCAAGUACAGAAACACACAUCAAAGACAAAGAUCCUCUGGAUGGCCCACCUCUGGACUUUGCUGCUGCUGAAAGCUUUCUACAAAAAUCAAUGGCUAUGAUUUUAGAAGAUGCAGUGAAGAAGGCCACUGAUGUCAGAGAAAAGGUUUGUGAGUGGCACUCCCCAGAGAAGCUGAAGGAGCUUCUGGAUCUGGAGCUUAGAGACAGUGGAGAGUCUGAGGCAAGGAUCCUGGAGCGGUGCCGAGACGCCAUCAGAUACAGUGUCAAGACCACUCAUCCUCAUUUCUUCAACCAGCUGUUUGCGGGGCUGGAGCCAUACUCCCUGGUGGCUAGCUUCAUCACUGAGGCCCUCAAACCCAGCCUGUACACCUAUGAGGUGUCUCCAGUCUUCACUCUGAUGGAGAAUGCUGUGCUCAGGAAGCUGAUACAGAUAGUCGGCUGGGAGGAAGGAGGAGAUGGACUCUUUAAUGCAGGUGGGUCGAUGUCCAACAUGUACGCCAUGAACCUAGCCAGGUACCGCCAUUUUCCUGAAAUCAAGGAGCUUGGAAACUCUGCGGCUCCCCGGCUGGUGGUGUUCACAUCACAAGAGUGUCAUUACUCCAUCUCAAAAGCUGCAGCUUUAAUGGGACUUGGCACAAAGAAUGUCCUUGUGGUUCCGUCUGACAAGAGAGGAAAGAUGAUUCCUUCUGCUCUCGAGGAGCAAAUCAACUCUGUUAAAAUUCAGGGUGGCGUUCCCUUCAUGGUGAACGCCACGGCGGGGACCACCGUCCUGGGAGCCUUCGAUCCUAUUGAUGAAAUUGCAGAUAUCUGUGAGAAAUACAAACUAUGGCUGCAUGUGGAUGCAUGUUGGGGAGGAGCAGUUCUCAUGUCCAACAAGCACAAGCUCCUAAUGAAAGGCAUUCACAGAGUCGACUCUGUUGCCUGGAAUCCUCACAAGAUGCUGAUGGUCUGUCUGCAAUGCUCAGCUUUUCUGGUCAGAGACAAAACUUGUCUCCUCCAGCGCUGCCACUCCGCUCGGGCUUCCUACCUCUUUCAGCAGGACAAGUUCUACGACUUGAGCUACGACACCGGGGACAAGUCUGUCCAGUGCAGCAGGAAGCCAGAUGCCUUUAAAUUCUGGCUCAUGUGGAAGGCUUUGGGAGCUGGCGAGCUGGAGCAGAGGGUGGACAGAGCUCUCGCCAUGGCCAGGUAUCUUGCAGAUGAAAUUACAAAAAGGGAAGGCUUCCGCCUUUUAAUGGAGCCUGAAUAUGCAAAUGUUUGCUUCUGGUACAUCCCGCCAAGUCUGAGAGACCUGCCAGAUGGCCCAGAGUUCCAGGAAAAACUACACAAUGUGGCGCCAGUUGUUAAGGAGCGCAUGAUGAAGACUGGCAGCAUGAUGGUGGGCUACCAGCCCCAUGGAGGCCAAGCCAACUUCUUCAGGAUGGUGGUGAUUAGCCCUCAGCUCAGCAGGCAGGACAUGGACUUUGUCCUGGAUGAGAUACACAGGCUGGGAAAGGACUUAUGACGUGCUGACUGUUUCUUCGGGGACCAUAUUUUCUGAAUCUUCCCUCAGGUGUCCCUGCAUAUCUUGAAAGUGUCCUUGGAAUAGAUUACUUGGCAUUUUUGCCCUCAAUGACUCUUCCUCAUAUUUUCAAUUGAGGAAGCUGUUGAUAUCACAAGUGUAAAAAGGAAAGAAAAAUGAUCUAAGAAAAGUGAUCUAACUUCGCCUGCAGGUGGCUGCAGGUGGCUGGCGCCACCUGCAGGCGAAGGAGAGAGGCUACAACUUUCACGGUCUUUAAUUUUGACACUUACAGACUGGGUCCAGCAGAGGUCCCAGGGUGUGGGGUUUAGAGUUGCAAUUAUGUAAGCAGUUUUCAGCACACAGUGUUGCAAGAGUGCAACAUUAUUUCCAUGUCAUCUUCAGAUUCGUCCUCUGUCAGAUUUUUUUUUAUGGAACUGGAACAAUAAUAAAUCAGCUAUCUCUGGUCAUUCUGAA